UGGGGGUCAAGUCAUAUGGCUUGGGUUGGGUCACUGUGGAUGGGGGAGGGGUUGUUUUCUUUCAAUAUCUCCUCAGAGCCAAUAAGGAAGAAUGGUACUGACUGAAUCCAAUUAUCAUCUUCAAACUAUCUCAACCUUGGAUAAGGCCAUACACGUUCACAGAAUGGAGACACACACUUCCGCUCAUUCAGACUCAUGAUUGUUUCCUUUUACAUGAUUAUUACACAUAUAUAUGUCAUAUUUUCACCAGUAUUUUCCUGUAUGUUUCUCAUUGACUUUAAAUAAAAUCUUUAUCAAUACCCUUUAAGAAAAAACAAGAACAGAGAAGACCUGCCUCGAUUUCUCUCUUUACUUUCUUAAUGAAAAUUUAAUGCAGUUCUACUUUAGGGCUUAUGACUUUUUGAUCGUGCUCUCUCAAGCAUUUUAAAUGAAUCACAGUUUAUAGGUGUUCAUUAUAUGUUGUGAAUGUAUAUGAAGAACAAAUUUAUGGUUUUCUAUUUGUGUGAAAGCAAACAAGGUAAUGAUUGUGGUUAAAUUUGAGGCAAAUAUAUGAAAAAGUUGCUUAUAAUGGACUGCAAUUAACACAACUUGCAUGGUAACAGGAAGGUUAUAGGUUUAUAAUGAAAUAUCUGUAAACUCUUCUUCAAAUUCAAUACAGAAUUGUCCAUUGUCUGAAACAUAAACCCACGAUAAAAGAACAUUAUGUCCUGGAUCCAUGCUACUGGCCCUUUAAGAAGACCAGCCCGACGGCCGUACAACUGUUUUAUGCAAAUGUGACAAGCCGAACGUGCCGUCAGCCAAUCAGAGAGCAGCUGUAACCGCGGGAGAUCCAAAUUUCGCGGGACGAAGUUUGGCGGUAAAAUAGCUGUUCUUUCACAGCGCCUGUCCUCUUGAAUGGAGAGAGAGGAGCUCUGAGGUGGACGGACAAGAGGCACAGACUGGGUCGAGUUCCGCAUCUGAGGAGUCACAACAAGCUGUAAAUCUCAAGGUUGGACUGACUUUGACUGGAACUCUAAAGCCUUUUAAAAGACUGGACUUCAACUACUGGAUGUUUAUUUUUUAAGCAGGUAUUUUUGAUAACUUGUUUGAGACUUGCAUUUGCUCCCGGACAAAGGAUAACAACAACUAGCAGCCUGCAGUGUAUGCAAGUAGAAUAAAUAUUACAGGAAAAUACAGGAGAGUUGAAUGAAUUUGAGCAUUUUGACUAAUGGAAUAAGCGCUAAAGGAGUUAAUUUUACGUGUUAAAUAUAUGAUCAUACAUAGCAUGCAAAGGCAGCUAUUCUGCUAGUUGAAGCGACAUUAGAGCAAAGCAUUUUGUGCCUGUAGCUGCUAGGAAACUUCUCUCUCUGCUUGACCAAUCCGGUUAAAUUCAGUUUACUCAGGAAAAUGAUGCGGAUGCCUAAAGGCGUCUCUCCGGCAGCGACUCGGCCGGCUGUGGGACUGUCCUGCUCCCAGAACAAAAUGAAGGUCUUAUCCACUGGAGGAAUGAAGGCUGAGUUCUUUGGUUCUGGACUGUCCAGCCCGUUAAUGAACACGGUACCGGCUGGAUAUUUCACCCAGAUCGGUAACACUUCAGCGGCCGAACAAAGAGCCAACAGCCUGUACUCAACCCCCCACGGACCAGAGGCUAAACCCAUCAGAUCAUCCUCCGGGCGACUGCCGGUAAAGAAUCCAACAUAUACAACAUAAACACGCUGAUUGUACCUUAAUAUCUCCCCUUAAUGUGAGUUAUGUGACUGCAUGUGGGUGGACUAAUCCUCCAUUUACAUUGGUAUGCAUGUUUAGCAGCAUUUAAGGCGCAUUCAAAUGUGUUUUAAGCCACAGAGGAGCCAGUGUGCCUGCUGCUGGAUCUGUGUGUGUCUGCCAUGUUCACUUGUGUGACAUCUUUCCCCGCAGUCCAGCUGUAGCAGGACAAUAUCAGUAGAUGUGUGUGUAUGUGUGAUGGUUAUGGUGAUAAUAAUGAGGAGGAGGAGGGGGGAGUUAGUGUUUGGAGAGUGUUUGAGGCCCCCAUCUCUCUUGUGAAAAGGCUGGAUGAGUGGCUCCCACAGUUGAGGAUAACUUCCACACAUGAGGACUCCAAACUGUUCCCAUCUAGUGACUAUAAACCCUUGUAUCAGUACAGCUAUUUAAGUCAUUAUGUAUGACAGCUGCCGGAGCCGCACCUGUCUGUAAGGCACUCCAGGACCUGUGUAACCUGCUCCCAUCACUGUAGAAAGGAGCUACAAGGUCAGAGGUCACAGCCUAACAACUGGUGUGUUUUCCUGGGAGCAACAAGUAUACAACCCUCCCUGUAAAAGACAUCUAAGAGGGCGAGAAACUGAGUAUUUUUUUUAUGAUCGAGGACAAUUCAUCAGAAUGAACUUUGUUAAUCAGACGGAAAUCUGUAAUGGAAUACGGUGCCCCGAACACAAUCUAUGAAUCCAUCUGACAACUACACAAUAAACAAAAUAAGACACACGCAAGAGUGUUGGAUCAAUUCCUGCAUUCACAGCUUGUGCUCCACACUGGCUGCAUGUUAUAUUUGAUCUCCUCUUUCUUAUCCCUGUAGUCUUUUUAGAUUCACUGAAUAGCUGUGAGGCUAAAUGGGUUAAGGGUUAGAGUGUAAACAGGCUAGGGUCUCCAGGUCUCAAGUUAACCCCCUGCCCUUGGAGGCUGUAUUUGCUAAUAGGCCCCUCAAGAGGAUUACUUGGUUGUAAGUAAAGUGGGAAAUAGGUUACCACCUGGCUUUUUUAUGCCAAGGUGGUCUUAGAUUACAUUUUUAUACCUCUACAUUUUCUGGACUAGCUUGGGUAUUUACAGUGUUUAGAUCAGCUUAUGUGACACAUGUAACAGUAAGGGCUAAAAGAGGCUCUGAUGGAGCUAUGCUUGUAUUACAGGAUGGUGACAAGUUACAGAUAAGAAACCAGCUGAGUGUGUGUUUUCUUCCUGAUAGUGUUGAUGUCCAGUCUUUUCCUCUGCCUCACAUACACUCCAUGCAUCAUUUUCAUUUAUAAGUCCAGAUCACUGUAUGUUUAAAGCAUAUGAGCUGCUUAGGAAAAUACACAUUAAUUGACAUGUCAGUAACAGCAUCAAUGUAAAUAUGCCGGAGUUAGCAUAAAUGUGAAUUUUAAUCUGUUAUCCUAAGGCAGAUGUUCAAAAACAUAGAAACAAUACAUUAUAGAUACACAAUACAGUAUGAGAAAUAGAUAAAACAUGCAAGAUCUUACAUACAGAGUCAUUUAAUUGGUUAUACCUUAACACCUUAACACUAUCAACGUUGCGUAUACAUUUAUUACUAUAUGCCCAAAGUUAUACAAUUAUGUUAAAACAGAGUUGUCCCUCUGAAUGUCCCCCUUUCUCACAAACUGCACGUGUUUAACCGUGAGAUUUACCACAAAGGUGAGAACACGAUUGAGUUGAACAUAACUGUCGUACUUUUGAAAUGGCAGUGCAGGUUUCAAAAGUCCCAAAGUCGUAUAAUUGCGAAACUUCCUCAGAACAUUUCAGUGAAAGAAGCCAACUUUCAGUAGCAUGAAAGGAAAGGACCUUAAAGUCUGAAAAAUUACACCACGAGGAGGUGACGGCUGACACCUCUAUCAUGUCCACGUCAUCAUCCUUUUUGAUUCCCUUUUUUUAAAAAUGACAGCAACACAGUGGGCUGUAAGGAGAUUUUUCCUCUCUCCUUUCUUCCUUUUCUUAAAGACCUUCACAGCUGUCACCUAGUAGAUUAAUUUCAAGGCUUUUUUUGCUUAAAUACUUAGGUAAAGGGACUGAUGCUUCUAUGGAGCUUUAUUAUAUCUGACACUGACCUGAAUAUAAAACUACAGAAGGCUGCACAUGGAGAGUUUGGAUGUUCCGGGUUGUGUCCACAGAACAUUUGGUCCACAUUAAUACCUUCACACAGAAAUGCAGAUACAGUUUUUGAUUUUGGUUUAAGAAACUAAACUGUGAGUUGGAUUUAUUUAGGCAAUGAUAGUCUUGGACCUGGACAGACAAAACAGUUUGACGAGUGUCUUUUUCAUGCUCUUGCUGACACAGCUGCUUCAUUUCAUGUUCACUCAUGGGUCUCAUGUUUACAGGAAACUGCUGCUUCUUCAUCCACAUUUCACUUCCUUCAACCCAAACAACAUCAAAACCACAUUUGUGUAGUUUUUUUUUUUUUUUGUACUUCUCUGCCAACUUUUAAAUCUGAGUUUCACAAAGUACAAACAAACUGAGCAAAUCCACACAACGGGCUAACAUAAUCCCACAUCUGAGGUUUAGUCACGUGCUUUCGGAGGGGAAAAAAGUUAAUGUUUAAGAGAGCUGCAGAGACCACAGGUUAGUGAUUUUGCUAACAGAAAGUAUAUGUGAUUAAUUAUUUAAACUAGGGUGUGUUGUGAAGGUCUCAUUUCCUUCUGAAUAGCAAGUGAAAAUGUCAGACUAGCUUCAGAGUCGAUGGGAGCAGACAUGUUCAGUAAAAGAUGUCAGAAGAAUGAAUCCCCCUGUCUCCUGUCUUCACCGAACAAUAAAGGAGGUUUGAUGCUUCUACUAGAUACUACAAUCCAGAAACAAUGUCCCUCUUAUUCCCUGCUAAUGUCACAUGUGAGUUACUCCCAGAGUUACAUGGCAUGUGGACAAUCUGCCAAAACUACUUCAGCAUUAAUGUCAGCUUUCUCCAAUAUCCUUUUGGACAGAAAAUCUCCUCCAUGAGCUUUUAUGUAACUUCCUGAGAGCUCUUGAGUCCUGGUCUGGUUCCAGAGAUUCCUCACAGCCCCUCUGGUAGAUCUCCAUUCAGACCCGUGACACUGGGGUGUGACAUUGGCCACAUCACCAACUGUAUGCACUCAACUACAGACCCCCUCUACUUCUCUUUUCUCCUUCACCUCAUUUUACCCCGGCCUCUGGUCAAUGCAAGCCCCCGCAGCAUAAUGUCCUCUAUAGGGUAGGGGGAGUUUUGCAUUUCAAAGCAGCCCACUCCCACCCUCUCCAUCAACAGCCCAAAUGGGCCGAGGGAUCCACCCUUCUUUUUUAACCUCUUGAGGGACACAUUGACAAUCUCAUCAGCAUUGUUUUUCAUCUAGGGUGUGGUAGCGAGGGGUUUGUGUACAGAGGAGUCGAUAUAUUUACGGGCAAACUGCAACUUGCCCUUGGCUUACUUUGGAAUCUGAAUCCCAUGCAGCCUGACAGACAGGCUUUGUUGUUUUCUUUUUCCAAAGAGAUCCGCCUGUAGAGGUCCUUCACGUGACUGUGACUUUGUGUGUGAAAUGUCUGCUGCAGACGUUUCGCCACAGCAGCUGAAUCGGCGGGAAUCGGCCAGAGAAGGUUCAGGAAAACAGAGGAGGCCACGUGUGGUGCUUGGGUGUAACUGGGCAGGCAGGCGGGGUGAGGUUGCAGCUAACAUGAGAGGAGUGAUACUGCGAGAUAAAGAGCUCGAGAGUGUCUUUCCUAUCUCACCUGCAGAACUCAGUCUAUGCAUGUACUUCUUUUUUAUAUCCACACUGAAAGAGAUUGGACCGAACCGAACAAUCAGAUUUAUACAUUCAGAGUGUGACUUUGUUUCUGUAGAUCAGAGGAAGCCAUUCAAUGUGUGACCUGGUAUGUGAAAGGUUGUUGACUCACCUCAGAAAAUCCCACAUGCAAAAAAAAAAAAGGAGCACCAAAGCCCCCACCCUCUGCCAUACAGCUGCAGGCUGAAACCGUUGAUGCCCUCCUAACAACACGUCAUCACUCCUGUAACUGCGACUCUUAACAUGUAGACCUGGAUUAUCAGCCUGGAAAACGCAGACACGGCGCUGCUUAAACUCGACAAUUAGGUCAUGGAAGUCUCUUAACUCAACCCCCUCUGAUGUGGUGGGUACUUAUGCAACUUAUGCAGGUGUGAGGAAGCAAAUAAAACAGGCAGAUCUUCCCUUGAGGGAGCAGCUGUCGUUGCAUGUUCAACAUUACAAACAGCACUUUCCAAUCCCUCCUUGCCGCCUUUUGUUUUUGAAGGCGACCACAAGAUCACUGAGCCUGAACUAAAAAGCAGCUUUUUAUCAAAUUAAAGAGUAGCUCCGUCCUGAUGAAUUAUCUUUGCAUCUGUCUGUUUGCUGAAGGGAUUAGAUUUACGCGGCCGACAGCACAUACACUCGCUGCGCCACUCCAGAUGUCGCAAAGCAACAGGUGGACAUGUCAGGGAGCGUACUUCGACAAUGGCAGCCUUGAUUAUCUCCCCUCUUACUUCCACACAUGCUCAGUUCACCACUUUUUCAUUCUCAGUCAGUUGCCUAAAUCUAUUAGCUCAUGGUGCUGCAAGUUACCCAGCAGCCUCUCUGAUGCCAGCUCAGGACUUCUUGUCAGGGUGUCGCCAAUUUGCGCAACUUGUCGUUUCUGACAGUUGGUCACUUCUUAACGCAGAAAGUGAGUCUUUUUAUUUUCACUUUCCUCUAAGUAGCCGAUGUGGGUCAUUGAGAAGAGUCACGGUCACAUGAUGAAGAUAUCUGGUUUAUAUUGUGGUCUAAAGGUUGUGUGGGUGCUUUCAAUCACAGCAGCAGGACUUGGUGUUAUGUUGUACUCCUACAGUCUGUUUAUGUGUGUCUGUGCGGAGAGCUUUGGAGGUGAGGGGAGGUUGGGAGGGGGAGGAGAGGUCACAGAGUGAAUCCAGGGAUUUCCUUGCAUUUUGCAGGCAGUGGGUUGAGGGUAAUCAUUCCCCCUUUUCUUACACUCACACACUCAAACAAGAUCAGCCCCCCUCUCAAAGCGCUUGGGAAAGUGUGAGGGGGGUGCUUUGUUCCUGCACUUGAGAGCUGUUGGCACAUUUACAACACUAUUCAGCAACCCCCCUGUUUAGCACUUCUACUGGCAUUGAUGUCACACUUUCAGGGCCUGCCCAUGCACACUUCAUUCUCAUGACUUAACUUCAACUUCCCAUUAUGUAAAAUCAAUGGAGUCCACUUACAGGGACAGUUUGUCCACUGUUGCAGUCUGAUUAAUGCGAAAAGGAACACAACUGGUAAAACUGUUCCUACAAUGACUGAACAAUCACAGAAUCCUGCAUUAAAGAAGACAAUAUUCAUGGUUACCUUUGUUCUUACACUUGUAUUGUUUUCAUUCCUUCAGGCCAAAAGGAAGCUGGAUCUAGAGGAUCCUCUUUACUUGCCAGAGUUCCGCACACCUAAAGGCAAAGGCAGCAUCGCAGCAAGGAUACCAAGUCCGAGAAGUGAGUACCAGUCACCAGACACACAGACUGAAGGCAUGAGGAGCAUGAAAGAGUUUAUUUUGGGGGGUUAGGGUCACAGGUCCAACAAAAACAAAAUUCAGAUGUUCAUCAGUUCCAUUUCUGUUAAAAAGUCAAAUGAUUUUUACUGAAAAUUGAAAAUAUAAAAAAGGUGGAAUGUGCUCAGCUGCAAUAAAACGCUUUAAUUUUAUAAAGAGCCGUAAAAAAGCUCUUAAGUGUAAGGAGAUAAGCCAGGAAGUCGUCCAAUUACAGUUCUUUAUGACAGUAUGAGUCCAAAGGAAGCAGGAAGGGGUGGGUUGAGUUUUAGGGUUAGUAAGUUGGAGAUUGUAAAAAGGACUGAGAGACUGAAUAUCUUAAGAAAGAGGAUGCACCAAUCUUUUAUACAACAGAGGACCAAGACCUCCCAGAAACACUGAGUUAAAAUUUUAGUCCCAUAUCUGGGCAAAAAGUGGUGUUUUGUUUAGGGCCUAUGUCCACUAACAGCAUUUUAGAGCCUGAAGUGCCAGUUUCCACCAUGCAGGACUUCUUCCACUCCUAACUUUGUCAACAGAUCCAUAAGCAAUAAAAAAUUAACCAGUUAUUUUUAUGAAUAAUUAUUGUGUUUAGAGCAGCUACUGGUACUGACUGUGUGUAACCUUACAUAUGGUAUUAAAAAUGUUAUUACCUGUACUUCAUAAAAUUCCACUAAACACACAAACCUAAUGGUUACUACCAGGGAAAGCAAAAGUACCACAAGGCAGUCUUUUAACCUCAGCAACAGUAAGCACAAGUAAGAUGUGGAAUUGGGGUCACAGGUACUGUCUGCACAAAAAAUGCCAUUAGUGGAGACAGGCCCUUAGAGGGCAAUGUUUGUGGAAUAAUCAACCACAUUGAUUGAAUUUGAAUAAUAAGCAUCAUAUUGGCAUCAGCUUUACACAGCUGAUAUCAAAUCUAAAUCAGUUACUGAGUUUAAUGCAGUUUAAUAUUGGUUUACUUUUUACAUUUUAAUGUUCAUAAAAUAAUGGAGUUAUUUAUGACUUUUUUAUUUCAUCUUUGAACCGUGAACAUUUCCUUACUGAAUACCUUCCACAAAGAUCCAAAUGUUGAAUGUUGUGUAAAUUAAAUGCUCCUUGAUAUCCUGCUGCCAUUGUGAUUUCUUUCUAACCUUUCCCCACCUUCUGUUUCUUCCCUCCCUCUCAGCUCCAAAGUCCCCUGGUGAACGGACGCGGUAUGACACCUCCCUGGGCCUUCUGACAAAGAAAUUUGUGGGUCUGAUUGCUGAGUCGCCUGAUGGAGUUCUCGACUUGAACUGGGCCACAGAGGUCCUGGAAGUCCAAAAGAGACGCAUCUAUGACAUCACAAAUGUCCUGGAGGGAGUCCAGCUUAUCCGAAAGAAAUCCAAGAACAACAUUCAGUGGCUGUGAGUAUCAGAGCAGAGGCAGAAAUAUCACAAGAGGAAAUAUUGUCGUUUAUGUUUAGGUCAUUUUUGGGUGUCGUAUCAUCAGAUACACAUUAGGGGGGUACCUUUUAAAAGGUUGAAUUAAGAGGCUAUUAUGUUAGUUUGCUGUAAGACUUCUGCUGACAUUGAACUCACACGCCCUCUUGUGGCUGUAAGCAGGUAUUGCAUCUUCUUUCAUCAACAAUGAAGACCCUCUGCUGAACUUUAUUUAGAAGUUGUGUUUUAUUUCAUUGCUUCUACAUCCUCCCUUGUAUUUGUGUGCACCCCUGUAGAGUUGGAGAUGUAUUUGAAGGCGGUGCAGGCGGGGGAGAGAAGGCCUGCGCCCUGAGGAGAGAGCUCGCAGUCCUGGAGAGACAGGAGAGAUCUUUGGAUGAGCUGAUCCACUCCAGCACCGCACAGCUCAAACAGCUCACCGAAUAUGAAGAUAAUCAAAGAUAUCCUUUACAGCCAGCCGCCAUGUGUGUCCCUACACUUCCUCUGGGAGUCUGAUGUGUGUCCUCCUUGCUUAUAUUCGCUCUCUGUGCUUCUGUUUCUAUCCUUGACUCCACCUUGUACGUUGGGCUAUGUGACAUAUCAGGACAUACGCUCUAUUGGCAGUCUCAAAGACCAGACAGUUAUUGCUGUGAAGGCCCCCGCUGACACCAAACUGGAGGUGCCGGAGACAGAAGGGGUGAGCACACAUCACUUUGUAUGAGCGUAACUUUGUGUUUGAUGUUUAAAAAUAUGGGAUUCUUGAGAACGGCACAUCCCUUUUACUCAAAUAUCUCUCUCCUGUGAAUCUUUUCUUGCAGCAGGGAUCAUUACAGAUCUAUUUGAAAAGUAAGAACGGCCCCAUUGAGGUCUACCUGUGUCCAGAGGAGGGUCUUGAAGAUGCCAGCCCGGUAAAAAGUGCCGUCACCCCUAAGAAGGCGUACCCUCAAACCCACAGCGCUCCGGCUCAAGCUCCAACUCCCAUGGGCCCACCAAGCUACAGCGCCAAAGAGGAGCCCACUGAAUGUGAGUACAACUCUCAGUCAGGUUUAGAAACCAUACAGGAGGACCACUUGGAGCUAACGAGUUAAUGAGCCGCCUUAUUUCAAGAAUAAGUGGAGUGUUAGGCACUGAUUACAUCCACAAGCUGACCACUUUCAAUCCUAGGCAGACACUCUGAAAGCUCAAGUGUUUGAAAAGUAAACAUAAAUUGUUCAGUCUGGUGAUGGCCAGCAAAUAAUCGACCCCCAUAUUUCUCAUCCUUAUUUUGCUGUGCUAUCUAUUAGAAGCAAUACUGCACCAAAAAAACAACCAAUAUAGAACUUUAUAUCUAACUCAACUUCUCUUGAAUGCAGUAAGCAUCUCUACAGCUGCUCCAGCCGCCUCCACCGCUGCAGCCUCCGCCUCCGCCUCCUCCCUGCUGGAUGUCGAAGGUCUGCUGGGUUUGCCCCCCAGCCUACUCCAGAUCACUGAAGACCAGCUCCCUGGCACCUCCUUUACUGCAGACCCAAACACCCCCUUCGUCAGCUUCUCUCCACCUCUGGACCACGAUGAUUACCUCUGGAGCCUAGAGGACAGCGAGGGAGUGUCGGAUUUCUUUGACACUUAUGAUCUUGUAGAUCUAUUGAAGGGCUGAGACAUAGAUGGAGGUGAGGGAGGGGGGGUAUUUAAUGAAAUACCUUCUAGAGGUAGGAAAUAUUACACUAUGAAGCCAUCACUCUUUGUUUAUGCCAUGUUUGUUUUAAUGGGAGAGUUGACUCCUUUGUUGUUUUAAUGAAACAAAAAUAAUUUGUAAAUAUAAUUAAAAAAAAGGAACAGGUGGGGAGGUUUGGAGAGAGAUUACACAGAUGUGUGUAUUCUUGGAUCUUAAGAAAACACUGUUUAAAAGCAGGGCCUGUUGGGAUUUUCUUCCACAUUUCGAUUGAGCUACAAAUACAGAAACAUAUAAAAUGAUUGGAAAACAAAUUACAGGAGUUAAUAUGCAUAUCACAUCACCUCACCAGUAACAAAAUCUGACAAGUUCAGGCGACGCUUUCAGUGUGACAACUCAGGAAUUUUUGUCUUCCCUUUUUUCCCCAAAGUCUGAAUGUUUGUGCCACUCUUUGACCCGUAGGGGGCAGUCUUGUAUUAUAUCAGCUUUAACUAUCAGGCAGCUUUUCAGGAUUCAACCACUGGUGAAGACUGAGCAAAAGCCAUCUAGGACAAUUCACCUGGUAUGUUUUUAAGAGUCUGGACAUCUUCAACACUCACUGAGUUAAGCUGUGAAUUACUUUAGUACCAGUUCUUAGACAUUAACAAGCAUCUACAGAUUUAUCUAACAGUAUCUCAUAAAUCUGCUUUGACAGGUGCUCAUGUUGCUCCUGUCUUAUCGGGUUUUUGCCCCCUUUUGUUAAGCUUUAUAUAAGGCUGUGUUUCUAAUUGGUGCAGAGGUCUGUGCCAAAAUAUGAGACGCCUGAUACUGGAUAUAGAUCCAGUGUAAGGGUAAAUAAAUACAAUCCCUACUGAGCAGGAUUCUUAUCCCUCUUGUCGGUUUGGCAGCUUUAUUUCAAGCUAAGGUGCUAUUUUUGAUUAAGUAGUUGAAAAUAAAUGUGUAAAAUUACAAUUGUAUUUCUGAGGAAAUCGCCUAAGAGUUGAGGAUUUUGCUGUUCAAAUUUUACUUGGUACAAUCUUCUCAAAAGUCAGUCAUGCCGCCAAAUUCAGAGCAUCUGUGACUUUUACCUGUUCUAAUUUUUCUUUUCUUCAAGAGGUUUUUUUUAGACAUUUGGACAUUUGAAUUUGAUGCUGAUGUAUUUUAUGGCUUUCCCUCUCUGCUGCAGAGAUAAGCUAACUGACCUGUCCUAACAAAACUUGAAAAUGUGCGUUUGUGUGUGUAUUUGACAGCUCGGGGUGUGGUGGUGUGUUUGGGCGUGAGUUUUUACAUCGUAGAUUUGAAAAUAUGUGAAUUCAGAAUUUGUAGGUUUUAUUUUCAAUGAGCAUUAUUUUUCUGGUAUUUGUACAUAGUUUGUUUUUGUAUUUAUACCCUGUCAUGAAAUGUUUUUGAAAGUUAAUGCUGUCUUUUUAUACAGUCAGCACAAACUGCUUUUGUAAGACAUGCAGCACUUAAUAUUUUUUGUAAUAUUGUGUGGUCUGUUUGAAAUGAUAAAAUAAAUACUGAAGCCAUGGUCUACACUUGGAAUUCUGUCGUGAUUUUAUUUUGCUCACUUACCAUGGAAGGAAACUUGACUUCCUCUUAACAUUUAAGGCCAGAUUCCUCCCGUAAUAUUCCAUGAAACCUUCGUGGAAACACAUCUGAGUUUAUAUAAAUAAAUCAAGAGCGCAUUUGUUUCCGAGCCUCUGCAACACACAUAUUCUCGCUGACUUGCAAUCGUUCUUUAAAAACCCACGUGGAUAUUUUCUGUCUCAAAUCAGCAAGAUCGUGACCACUGAGGGUUUUGAUCUAACAAGAAGUGAGAGGAGAGAGAAUAGGUAGACAUGAGGAGUGACAAUGACACUGAAUGAGCUAUGAACACGUCCAGACAGAUAGACAAAGAGCACCCAUCAUUCUUUGCGGGGUGGUUGCUUUGGAAACAAGCUCACAAAAGGGAGCAGAUGCAGAGGGGGUGAAAGGUUAGGGGGUCAGAGUGGAAUAGGGAACAGGGUGAGGACAUUUGGAAGAAAGAUAUCUUUGCUUCUUUGGGAAAAUAAUCAGUAUCUUUGAAGACAGUGCGAGUUUAAGUUGGGUCCAAAAAGAGCUGUAACUGUGCACUCAGGGUUCUCAGGAGUACUUUUUUAGAGCACCAGGUUUAUAGCCUGAAAUCUAUAGGGGUUUUGUUUCUACCACAGGAAACUGAAAUUUAUUGUGGCUGCAACUGUGGCCAAAUGUUUCCAUCUGUAUUAUCAAAAAACGUAGGUCUCAGAAAUGCGGUCUGUCUUCUUGUGCAGCAGUUUUCUGAGAACCUUAGUGUCUGCCUCUCCAGGUGUCUAUUAGCAGUAAAAAUGCCUAUUAACAGAUGUGGCUCAUGUGUUUAACAACAGGUCGAAAGCGUAAAUGUCAGACACAUGUAUACACAAACAGAGCCCCUGACUGUGUGGUUUACAUAUCACUUAAACAGCUCACUGUUAAACCAAAGCAGCAGAAACAUUAUUAGCCGAUCUGCAGCUCAAAGCCUCUCUGUGUGCAGACAUGUCAUUACUGAAGUGACAGCCUGUUUAUGAGCAGCACCAACCUGUAGCCAAAACAUUUCACAUAUUGUUCUGAGAUGCAGCUGCAGAAAAGACACACAAUGCAGGUAUUAUACUUGUAUAGAGGGGUAGAGCAGUUGAAAGUUGGGGUGUUUAAGGCCACACACAUUCUUAUUUAGAGCUGCAGAAAUCUUGAAGUAACUCCUUGUUCAAAGAGGCUAUGAGUCUGAACAGGUUUUGUAGCU